GGCAGCACGGCACAGCCAGAGCCAGGGCCUCGGCCGCCCAGAGGUCUCCCAGGUGCCACCUUCCCCCUCAGGAAGCCAUGACAGAGGCCAGAAAGCUGCCCCCGCCGCUGCCCCCACGCCUGGACUGGUUCGUGCAGACACAGGUGGGCCAGCUGGCCCAAGGAGGAGUCCCUUCGUGGUUCCAUGGUGCCAUCUCCAGACAGGACGCAGAGGAUUUGCUGGAGUCGCAGCCCCUGGGGUCCUUUCUCAUCAGAGUCAGUCACAGUCACGUGGGCUACACACUCUCCUACAAAGCCCAAAACUGCUGCCGCCACUUUAUGGUGAAGCUGCUGGACGAUGGGAGCGUGGUAAUCCCUGGGGAGGAGCAGGCCCACGCCUCGCUGGACGCCCUGAUCACCUUUCACCAGCAGCAGCCGCUGAGGCCACGUGGGGAGCUGCUGAAGCAGCCCUGUCCGCAGAAGGAUCCAGCCAACGUGGAUUACGAGGAUCUCUUCCUUCACUACAACGCACUGGCUGAGGAAGCUGCCAGCCCCGCUCCUGGUCCCGGGGAACAUCAGAAACCUUCUUCCCAUCCAGUGGCUGCCCCCAAGGAGGCCUCCGCAAAGCCAGUCGUGCUGCACUGGCAGAAGGAAAGGACGCCGUCCGCAGCGAUGGACAGAGUGCCCGCCGAGGCAGCUGCUUCCUCCUGCCCCCCAAAACCCCCUCUGGAGGAGGCCUGCCAGAAACUCUGGAGGAACCUCAAGACACUCCCUCAGACGGGCAAGAAGGUCCAGCAGCAGCUGAAAUCCCACCUGGCCACCGUCAGCUUCUCAUCCCUCCGGGACCCCGAGCGAUCGCAGGUGACUCACGGCCCAGCGACAGGAGCGCCUGAUGCGGUCUGGGACGCUAACAUCUACACGGACCCCUUUGUGGCCACGUCACCCGCAAGCCCCGCACAGCCUCAGGCUCGGAAAGACAGAGAGAACUCCUCCAGGAAGGCCUCGAGGUCAGUCAGCUGGAGCGAGGUGACCCCGAAGACCAGGGGUUGGCACCAAGCAAUCGUGAGGGCCCUGUCCUCACAGGUGUCCAAAUCGGAGCCGAGGGGCUUGGCAGAACCCCAGGAGGACUGGGUCCCCGAGGAGUACCGCCCACCGCCACCCUUUGCCCCUGGGUACUGCUAGCGAAGAGGUUCGCCCUGGCUCUGGGACCCUUGGUGCCGGGGGCAGCUCACACCUGGACCCCUUGCCUUCUGCCCACCAGCCCUCUGGGACCUGAGAAAUGUAAUAAAGACGAUACUGAGGUCUGGUUCUGCAAUUGCCAGGGUGGCCUGGUUAUGUGAAGAAGAAGAAGAAUCAGUAAGUUACAGCAAGGAUCUGGGCACCUACUAUGUGCCAGUCCCAUACCGGGACUCUCCAUGAUUUCUUUUACUCCUGCCUCUGAGCAGGCCCAUCGGGUAGGCGCCUCCUGCACAUUUCAGAGAACAGCCAGGUUCCGAGAGGAGGAGAGGCACGGUCAACGUCACCAUGGUCACAGUCUACUGCGUGUCAGGGCCAGGGUUGGAAGUCAUGCCAUUCGGAGCCCUAUCGCCCACAUCCCCUGCACCCAGGCUCAGCUCUCCCUUCUGGACACGCCUCCCUCCCGGGUUCUCAUGCAAACGAAAGAGCUGAGACUUGUGGAGGGCUUGGUGCACACCAACGUCAGCUUUAAGAGAAGCAAAUGUGUCCUUGGCUUUAAAAGGGGAGAGGCAGCCCUAACCGGUUUGGCUCAGUGGACAGAGCGUCGGCCUGCGGACUCAAGGGUCCCAGGUUCGA